AUGAUGCGUACAUCAUUUUUCCCUACCCAUUUGCCAUUUGCCACAGGUCUUUCUGUAGGAGUUCCUGCACAUCCUUUGUACAAACACCUAGCAUCCGCUUUGUACCAGUCCAUAUCAUCUGGCGCCUUCUGUAGUACGUAUAACAAUAUGACAUUGAUUCAUGAAGACAGUUCCUUAAAGCAGAAGGAGGAUCAGUGGAUUAAAUCGAUUAUGGAGAAUGGAGCUGAGCUAAUAAAAAUGCUGCAAGCUGUCAAUUUUGAACUUCAUGUUCAGGAACCUUUCUUUUCCCAGCUCAAUGAUGGACUGAAAACAAUUGAAGGAAGAUGUGCUGUUGGUGACUACAGCCGGUUUGGCUUAUUUAGUUCUUUCUAUAUAUAA